CCGUUGUAAAGGCAAUCUCCUGAACAGCGAACACUAAUUUCUGACAACAACUAGAAUCAAGCCAAGCUAGUUCCACAGAGCCUCGCCAAGCUUCGCCAUGGCUUCCAUCAGCACCAAAGAGAAAUUGCUUUCGCUCAUUGACGAUACUGAACUCAUAUCAAAAGAACUCUUGGAGAACAGCAUUGCCCCCAAACAGCAGCGACUCUCUUCUGCUGACCUUGCACAGCUGAUUGAACUACUUAUAAUGAAAGAUGCAGAGUUAAAGGAAACAAUCAAACUGGCCAAUGAUCAGGCAAGAAUAGCCAGCAUCAUGGACAUGGUACAGGCUGAAGUGGAUCGCCAUGACCAGAUGAUUCUACAACUGGAGAAGCAACUCUAUGAUGCUCACCAUAUGCUGUCCAUGGCACUGUAUCAAGCACGGCACAAAAUGCAGAGCAUCCUCCGAGCCAACAAACGACCUGUUAACAGUGAAGAGCUGAUCAAGUAUGCUCACCGCAUCUCUUCCACUCACUCUGUAUCAGCACCGGACACCUGGCAGCAGGGGGAUCCUAGACGGCCUUAUCCUAUUGAUCUGGAAAUGCGAGCUGGAUUCCUGGGUCAGAAUGGACAUGCACUGCACACACACACCCAUCUAGCAGAUUCCUUGGCUAGAGGGCACCAUACUGAGCCGACCUCCUCAGGACUUGGGGGCACCUUCUCGUGGCAGCCAUCUGGUGACUUGCAGGUACAUGUGGGGAAUCACACAUCCGUUGUGGUGGAGAAGAAAGAACAAGAAGAUGUGGAAGUGAUGAGCACCGAUUCAUCUUCUUCCUCCUCUUCAGACUCUCAGUGACCUGAUCCAAGCCUAGAAAUCCCCCUCCAGACAGCUUACUGUGCAUUGUUAAGGGAAAGAGCAUUGGGAGGUGAACUCCCAUGCAGCAAUGUUGAGUACUUACUCCCUACCUAAGGAAACAUGUGUAUGGUGCUCACCUGCCUGUCCCUUCCUAUGGUGGUACGAGCAUGGAUAGAUGUUAAGCCAAGCAGACAUGCAAAUGACGAGCACCUCAACAUCAACUAGAUGUGAAUAUACUCUUCUUGGAGAAUGUGUUUUUUUAUUGUUUGAUUUGAAUGAAAUACAGUUAUUGCAAAUAAA